GACGUCACCGGAAUUGACGCCAGUUUGUUGCUAAGCUGCAGCGGAGCAGCGACCGUUCAACAAGGGAGCGAGACAGUUUACGGUUUAACGGUGUCCGGUCUCGCAGAGGAUCACCGACAGACAGACGGAGGGCAGACGGUGGAGCAGCAGCCGAUGUCUGACCUCACCGAUCCGGACUGAAGUGGAUGAAUUAACGUCAGCUCGGGUCCAAUGGCUGCAUCCAGCAGCACCAAGAUCUCAUGGAGACUGCAGGAGUUCGAGGCGCACUCCAGCAGCGUGUCCUGCCUGUCUCUAGGGAAGAGUUCAGGCCGCCUGCUGGCAACAGGAGGGGAGGACUGCAGGGUGAACAUCUGGGCUGUGAGCAAGGCCAACUGCAUCAUGAGUUUGACGGGCCAUAAGACCCCGGUGGAGUGUGUGCAGUUCAACAUGUCUGAGGAGCAGGUGGUAGCCGGAUCCCAGUCUGGAUCCAUACGAGUCUGGGACCUGGAGGCUGCCAAGAUUUUAAGGACUCUGAUGGGACAUAAGUCCAACAUCACCAGUCUGGGUUUCCAUCCCUUCGGAGACUUCCUCGCCUCCAGCUCCACCGACACAAACAUCAAGCUGUGGGAUGUUCGGAGGAAAGGAUAUGUGUUCAGAUACAAGGGUCACACUCAGGCGGUGAGGAGUCUGGCCUUCAGUCCCGACGGGAAGUGGUUAGCUUCAGCCAGCGACGACUGCACCGUCAAGCUGUGGGACCUGACGCAGGGGAAGACCAUCACCGAGUUCAAGUCUCACACCGGCCCUGUCAACAUCGUGCAGUUUCACCCCAACGAGUACCUGCUGGCCUCAGGCAGCUCCGACAGGACGGUGAAGCUGUGGGAUCUGGAGAAGUUCAGGAUGAUCGGCUCGUUGGAGGGAGACACAUCUGCAGUGCGGUGUGUGUCCUUCAGCACUGACGGCAGCUGUCUGUACAGCGGGGCCACAGACACUCUGAGGGUCUUCGGCUGGGAGCCCGACCGCUGCUUCGACGUGGUGCCGGUGGGCUGGGGGAAGCUGUCAGACCUGGCCGUCUGCAACCAGCAGCUGAUCGGCGUCUCCCACCAGCUGUCCAGCGUGUCGUCCUUUGUCGUGGAUCUGAAGCGAGUGAAGAAGAGCGCCGGCGCUGCUCUGCAGGGAGUCAUCCAGGACAACCAGCCGAUCCCGGAGCACAAAGAUCCCAAAUCUGCCGCCCUGCGCAGGAACUACGAGCGCCCCUCCACCACCUGCAGCCCCUCCCAGAGGGUGAAGCAGCACUCUGAGGCUGAGAGGCGGAGCCCCGAGGGCGAGAGGCGGAGUCAGAGCGAUGAGGAGGCGGACGAGAAGCUGUCGUCAGCGGAAAUCCACAACGCUGAAGACUUCAAGGAGAUCUUCCAGCCCAAGAACGCCAUCUCUCGAACUCCUCCAAAGAUAUCAGAGCCAUUCCCUGCUCCUCCAGAGGACGAUACAGUGUUAGCGGUCGGCCGUCAGCUGAAGGACCUCGUGUCUCCUUUUCCAGAGAAGAUGCCGGCUGCUCCUCUGGCCUCCUCCACCCCGGUGCAGAGGGUGGAGCCUACGGUGGUUUCAUGUGUGAAGCGUUCGGCUCCUCCCUCCGUCCCCGCCACCUCCUCCUCUUCUGUACCCCCCCUUCCUCCCUCUCAGCCCCCCCUCAAGUCCAAACCGCCCCCUAAAAUCAUCCCGAGCAACAGGAACGAGCCGAUCGGACUCAACGUGGCCGACUUCCUGCCUUCCUCUCCUAACCGGGGGGGUGCUCUGAGUGAUGAUGAGGCUCUCUCUCAGCUGAAGAAGGGUCACGACACCAUGUGUGUUAUGCUGCGCAGCCGACACCGCAACCUGGAGACGGUGAGGGGGGUGUGGGCCCGGCAGGAUAUCAAGAGCGCACUGGACGCUGCCGCCUCCAUGAACGAUCUGUCCAUCGUCGUGGACAUCCUGAACAUCAUCAACCUGCAGCCGUCUCUGUGGAAGCUGGACCUCUGCACCACGGUUCUCCCUCAGAUCGAGCAGCUGCUGCAGAGUAAAUACGAGAGCUACAUUCAGACAGGCUGCUCCUCCCUGAAGUUGAUCAUGAAGCAUUUCUGGAAGCUGAUUUCUGAGACGCUGAGAGCCACGCCGUCUGUGGGGGUGGACAUCACACGAGAGGAGCGACACCAGAAGUGCAGGCUCUGCUGCCGGCAGCUGCAGAACCUCAGCAACAUGGUGAAGACCCGGGCGGGGGGGGUGGGUCGCCACGGCAGCACCUUCAGGGAGCUGACGCUGCUGAUGGCGCCGCUGGACGACGACAUCUGAGGCUCCGUGACCGACUCCACGCUGCAGAUCUGAGGAGUGUUAUUAAAGACGCCCUGCAGGAAAUCCCUUCGCCCACACUGAGGCGGGUCGGAACACGUCUUCAAGGCAGCACAGUGCACCUGAAAACCACACACACACACUGUAGGUGUGUGAGUGUGAAGACAAUCAGCUGCAUCCCACCUGCAGAACAAACUGAUUUAAAGGAGCAGUCUGACAUCCUCCUGUCACUAACACUACCGUUGUGCAAUAAACACGAAGCUGCUGCCGGUUAGCUUAGCUUAGCAUAAAGACUGGAAGCAGGGGGAACAGCUAGCCACCAGACUCCACCAAUCAGCACUUCUGAAGCUCAGAGACGACCUAUUUGUUUCUGUUCUCUGAAUAGGGCAUCUGUUCUUCUGUUCUGGCUGUCGAUGUAAAUAAAGUUGUGAUUCAA